AUGUCGGCGAUUGACGUCGAACAUGUGCUCUCGGAGCUAUCCCUAAACGAGAAGGUCUCGUUACUUUCAGGUUUGUCCCAAAUCCAGCCCAGGCUAUCCAGGCUCAAGCUUCCCCAGCUCAUCAGACCCGCAGGAAUCGAUGGCUGGCACACAACAGCAAUCCCGCGCCUCGGCAUCCCUUCAAUUCGCAUGUCAGAUGGACCAAAUGGUGUUCGGGGCACUCGCUUUUUCAAUGGAGUCCCUUCCGCCUGUUUACCCUGCGGCACAGCACUAGGCGCGACCUUCGACACCGAGCUCAUAUUCUCCCUUGGAAAGCUUCUUGGUCAGGAAUGCAAGGCAAAGGGGGCCCAUGUCCUCCUAGGACCGACGAUUAAUAUCCAACGAAGUCCGUUGGGAGGUCGCGGGUUUGAAUCUUUCUCAGAGGAUCCUGUACUCUCAGGAUCCUUGGCCACCAGUUAUUGUUUGGGUAUACAGACUGAGAAUGUCAUUCCGACGCCAAAGCAUCUUGUGUGCAACGAUCAGGAGCAUGAGCGUGUUGCUGUCAAUGCGCUUGUCACUGAGCGUGCUCUACGUGAGAUAUAUCUACUUCCGUUUCAGCUCGUCAUUACGGGCGCCAAUCCUCAGGCCCUGAUGACAUCGUACAAUAAGGUCAACGGAUGCCACGCUAGCGAGAGCCCUGACUUGCUCCAGGAUGUCGUUCGGAAGGAAUGGAAUUAUAAAGGACUCAUCAUUAGCGAUUGGUUCGGCACCUAUAGCGUGUCUGAGGCUCUCAAUGCCGGGCUGGAUCUUGAAAUGCCUGGCCCAUCUCGAUUUCGGGGAUCAGGCUUGGUACAUGCCAUCACAUCCAAUAAAGUCUUGGAGAGGACUAUCAAUGAUCGGGUCCGCAGUGUUUUAGAGCUCGUAAAGCAGACGUCCAGCUCGGGAAUUCCUGAGAAUGCAGCUGAAAUUCAGCGGAACCUGCCCGAAGAUCGAGCAUUACUCCGUAGGGCAGCUGCCGAGUCAAUUGUUCUUCUGAAGAACGAUGAUCAGAUUCUUCCCCUGGAUUCCACUAAGAGAACUCUCGUGAUCGGUCCGAACGCCAACAUUGCGACAUACUGUGGUGGAGGCUCUGCCGCUCUGCCCGGGUAUUAUGCCAUUACACCCCUAGAGGGAAUCAAGAGCAGCUGUACUGGGGGUGUUUUUUUCUCACAGGGAGUGUAUGGCCACAAAGAGCUACCACUUCUAGGCGACCAACUGAAAACUGAAGAUGGUCGACCUGGGUACAUAUUCCGUGUUUUUACCGAGCCUUCUUCCAACAAAAGCAGAAAAGCGGUAGACACUCUGCACAUGAAGAGCAGCUCUGCGUUUUUGAUGGACUAUAAGCAUCCAGAAGUUCACUCCGACCUCUACUACGUUACCAUGGAAGGGAUCUUCGAGACCACAGAAAGUGGGAUAUAUGACUUUGGUCUUACGGUAGCGGGUACCGGAGAGCUCUUCAUCGAUGGCGAGAAGGUUGUUGACAACAAGAACAAUCAGCGACAGGGGACGUCAUUUUUUGGCAUCGGGACUCCAGAGGAAUGCGGCUCGAAGUACCUCGAAGCAAAUAAACGGUACAAUAUUCUGGUCGACUACGGAACUGCACCAACUUCAAAUCUGAAAUUGCAUGGAGUCGUGUCCUUUGGACCAGGUGGGCUGCGAGUGGGAGGAUGCAAACGAAUCGACGCAGAACAUGCCAUUCAAGAGGCCGUUAAUCUGGCAGCUCAAUUCGACCAAGUUGUUGUGUGUGUUGGGCUGAGCGGGGAAUGGGAAAGCGAAGGAUUCGACCGCCCACACAUGGAUCUCCCGCCAAUGUCAGAUCAGCUGGUUCAAAGGAUUCUCGCUGUCCAACCCAAAGCUACAGUUGUUGUGCAGAGUGGAACUCCUGUGACAUUGCCUUGGGCUCAGGACGUUAAGGCCCUUCUUCAUGCGUGGUAUGGUGGGAACGAAACGGGAAAUGGUAUUGCGGAUAUCAUUUUUGGGAAUGUGAAUCCGUCUGGCAAACUUCCUCUCAGCUUCCCAGAGUUUAUCGAGCAGAACCCAGCGUACCUUUCAUAUAGAUCAGAAGCAGGAAGAGUGUUGUACAGCGAGGAUAUCUACGUCGGUUAUCGCUACUAUGAUAAGGUGAAAGUGAAGCCUCUUUUCCCCUUCGGUCAUGGUCUCUCCUAUACGAAAUUCCGUGUUUCGGGGCUAGCUAUUUCACAGCCAUUGAAGGCUCAUGACAAUAUCAAAGAAGAAGUGUUGGAAGUGUCAGUCACAGUGGAGAAUAUUGGGCCCUGUAGUGGCGCAGAAACUGUCCAGGUAUACAUUUCACCACCUACAGAAGCCAGCAUUUCUCGACCUGUGAGAGAGCUCAAGGGGUUUAAAAAGGUCAAACUGCAACAGGGCCAGAGACAGAAAGUCGUGAUCGUUAUCCCAAUGACUCUGGCUACCAGUUUCUGGGACGAGAGAUUGUCUAGCUGGCUGAGUGAGGCGGGAGAGUAUACUGUCACUGUCGUUGGGUCGGGUGAGCAAAAUGUACUCUCGGCAGGACUUGUGAUUUGCCGGACUAGAAGAUGGAAUGGUUUGCCUAAACCUGAUAUUAUUCCUGAAUAUCGGCAUGAAGAUGUCAACGGAAAGUGCAGAUAG